UGAGCAACAAGCGCAGCGAAUCCGGGGUUUGCAGCUCAUUUUCAGACUGGAUCCAGAAUUCGCUUUUCGGGCGGUGGAUUACAAGUUUUUUUGGGAAAAAAUCUAACAAAGGAUCCCUGAAUUUGCUGCAAAAGAUAAUUUCAUAGUUUCAAUAUUUUGCUUGACAGCGUUUUUAUACUGUUGAGUUUGAGAAUAGACCUCCAGACAUUUUUGACGCAAGCGGUAACUUUUUGGUUGUUCUAAAUUUUAAGUAUAUUGAUUCUGGAAUUUAGCUUGCAGAUUUUUGUUUCCGACUCCUGUGCCUUAUUUUCGAGGUGAAAAAAAAAUGGUCAAUCGUUUUUGGAGUUAUUGUGGACAAAGGAUUUAAUUCAAACCAAGUUAAACACAGUCACAAUUGUAUUUGCAAGCUAUGGAACAAUUUUGCAGACUGCUGUCACUCACCACAUUUGUAACUUUCAUUCAGGUUAAUGAUCAAGCUGUUCUACCGUCUGAGCAUCCAGGCCUGCAGUUGCUGGCCACGGCCUCGCACUACUGGCCUCUGGAUGCUGUGGAUGGGAUUCACGGACUUUCGGACCAGAUUGGAAACAGAACAGGUUAUGUUAAUGGAAGUAAUAUAACUCUCAGAAUCCUCAACCACACUGUGCUCCCUUCCUCCCAUAACACUUCUUCUGUGUAUGCCAAUGAUUCUGCCUACACUAACAUUUCUGCAACAGUAGACAUUGUAGAAGGAAUGGUUAACAAGGCGAUAUAUCUGAAUGGAGAUAAUGGGGCCACCUUUUUGCACUUUGGGAACUACAAGAAUUCAUGCAUCAGUGACCCAGCCUUAUGUGGCUCUGAAGGAAUCACAUUUUCCUUUUUUUGGAAGAACCAAGAAGCAGGAUCCCGCUUUGCCGUCUCUUCAGGGGGAAAAGUCAUUUCCAAUGGGUUCUCUGUCUACACAAACACUCAUGGGGGAUAUGUGGAGUUCUACACAAGGGGAGACUCUAAGAGAUGGAGAGCAACAAUCGAGAUUCCAGGGCCAUACUGGACCCAUGUCCUAUUCACCUGGACCCGGAAGGAUGGCCUGAAUGUCUAUACUAAUGGGACCUUCAGCGUCUGCGACCGAGAGGGAAAUGGCUCCAAAAAUUAUGGAGACUCUCAUCCGAACCUAGUCAUCGGAACCGACAACAAGGAGUCCUACAAGCACUACGCGACUGGAGCCUUUGAUGAAUUUGUCAUCUGGGAGAGGGCCCUUUCUCCAGAUGAAAUCUGGCUGUACUACAAGGCUGCGACAGGUGAAACUUGGUUUGCUCCGACAACGGCAUCUGUUCCUACCUCUACCACUGCUGUGGUGAAUACUCCUGUGCCCUCUACUGAAGCUUCUCUGCCUGCGGUCACCGACCUGCCAGAGGAGAUCCAGAUUUAUGACUACCCUGUUUCCAUGCCCGGGGUGAUGGAGUCUGUGCCCAUCAACCUACCUAAAAAGAACAUUGGCCAGGACACUGCCAACAACCUCACCCUGGCCUUUUUGAAGAGUGUGGAAGAGGUCCUGUCCUCACCGGGGUGGCCUGAAGAGGGGGAGCAGUCGACCCCCAUGGUCAGUGGCUUAAUCGAGACUGUGGACGAAGUCAUGAUCCAGAUGGUGUCCAACCUGGAGACCAGUUCCCAGUCAGUUAUUUCCAUUGGCGGGAAGUCUUCUGUGGCAGACUACUCGCUGAUGAAGAUCCCACAGAACUACAAUCUACCACUCUACCGCUUCCCCACGCAAGGAAAGAACUACAUUUCUGUACCCGGGGAGGCCUUCACCCAACAGUCUCAAACUACCAUUGUAGGCCUGUUCUACCACACCAUGCACAACUACUACAAAGAAAUCAGCCCGCUGAAAACCAAGAUCAACGAGGCGGCCGACUAUAAAGAUCACAAGAUCCAGGUCGCCAGUUUCCUCAUCUCCCUGAAGGUGGAGCCCUCCCCCGCCCUGUCCGUUAACCUGUCGGGAGCACCUCUGAUCAAAAUCGUCCUCACGCACCUCCUGAAUAAAGAACAGUACAGUCUUGCCUCAAAUCAGAGCAACACGGUCUUCCUCUACUGUGCCUUCCUAGACUACAGUAACAAGGAAGGCGUGUGGUCCAACGAGGGCUGUGUCCGGUCUGGUGGGAACCUGACGUACUCUGUCUGUCUGUGUAACCACCUCACCAACUUCGCCAUUCUCAUGCAGGUGGUGCCAGUGAAGCUCACCGAGGCCCACCAGGUAGCACUGUCCACCAUCAGCUACAUCGGCUGCUCCAUCUCCAUCUUCUGCCUGGCCAUCACCCUGGUGACCUUUGCCAUCCUUUCAUCCGUGAGCACCAUCCGGAACCAGCGCUACCACAUCCACGCCAACCUGUCCUUCUCCAUCCUGGUGGCCCAGAUCCUGCUGCUCAUCAGCUUCCGUUUCGAGGCGGGCACGCUCCCCUGCAAAGUUAUGGCCGUCCUCCUGCACUUCUUCUUCCUUAGCGCGUUUGCCUGGAUGCUGGUGGAGGGCCUGCACCUCUACAGCAUGGUCAUCAAGGUGUUCGGAUCCGAGGGCAGCAAACACUUCUACUACUAUGGGAUCGGCUGGGGGUCUCCGCUGGUGAUCUGUGUGGUGUCCGUGACCUCAGCCUUAGACAGCUACGGUGAGGUGGGGAACUGCUGGUUGUCUCUGGAGAAUGGAGCCAUCUGGGCCUUUGUGGCACCUGCGCUCUUUGUCAUCGUGGUGAACAUCGGGAUUCUAAUCGCUGUGACCAGGAUUAUCUCUAGGAUCAGUGCAGAGAACUACAAGGUACAUGGGGAUGCCAAUUCAGUCAACUGGUGUGUGGUGAGCGUUCUGGCGCAAAAUGGCUGCCGUGCAUCACCCAGACUGACUGCAAAGGCUGUGGCUGUUCUCCUCCCCAUUCUGGGCAUCUCCUGGGUCUUUGGGGUCCUGGCCAUCAACGACCAGUCCUUGCUAUUCCAGUACAUGUUUGCUGUGUUCAAUUCCUUACAGGGAUUCUUCAUCUUUCUAUUCCACUGUCUUCUCAACUCAGAGGUUAGAGCCGCCUUCAAGCACAAGACCAAGGUGUGGUCUCUAACCAGUACCUCUAUCCGCAACAUCAAUGUGAAGCCUUUCAGCUCAGACAUUAUGAAUGGACACAGGGCAGGCCUGACCCCGACCAAGAUGCACACGUGGGACAAAAGCACAAAUUCGGCCAAUCGCAUUGACCUGUCAGCAGUGUAGCAACCGCCCCUCUCCUCCACCACCCUCAGGCCACGCCUGCCAGCUUCCACUGGAAGACAGAGGACAACAGUUAAAGUAAAUUUUUGUAAAUAAAAUAGCUAACACUGGCUACUUCAGGAAAGCAACCAUUUAUGUGAGGAUCCCACUGUGACCAGAAGGUUUGCCCUUAGUCUGACCACAUCAUAUAUCCCCUCUCAUACCAAAUGCAAGAAAAGAAAUGAAAGGUCUUGUGGACAUAAUGAAUGAUAAUGGAUUGAUCCAGUACCUUCUGCACUUCAAGAGUGAAGAAUCCUAUUCGAUAUUUACAAAGAACAUUGCUAAUUUCAUGGAAAAUAUAAACCUAAAAUAAAUGUUUUGGACUGGAUUCAAACAUCUAUUGAAUCAACAACUGUCGACGCUCCUACCUCUUUGUCAGAUCAUUUAUGGGAAGAGACAAGCAGGCAGACAACACAGGUGCAUGAACAUCGAGAUAACCAGGAAUGCACAUUAAAUGAAAAGGAAACAAUAAAGGAGCGACUCAACAAUCCAAAAAAGCUAUAAUUUUGAAUGGAAAUGUGUUUGCUUGUGGGAGGAACAUGGAGACUUGCUUUAGCGUGACAAAGCUGCCUGUUGAACUCUGUGAGAAAACACUCCAUCUCACAGCCCAUUAAACACCUCCCCUCAGACCGUAACCUCUGUUUCUUCUCGGGCCCUUGCUGCCAGAUCAUUCAGUGCUGUGCUAUCGCCAGAUGAAAGCAGUGCCUAAAAGGUGCGUCCCUCUUUUCUGCAGAACUGAUGAGACAAGUACGUGCCUUUGGGUACCUGUCGAAGGACGUGUGGGUUGCUGUUUUUGCUGUCUUUGUAAAACCAAAUUGCCACCCACUCUUUUUUUCCCCCAGUUUUCUCUUUGUCAGAUUCUUCUAGAAGGGGGAUGGGGCGGG